GUGUCUGCCUCUCGAGCAAACACUCAUUACACGCGUCUGUCGGUGCCGAUCUGUUCAUCUGUUCAGAGACGCUCCUGACAAGGCAGGAAUUUUCCCCUUCUCCACUGUGGAAUUAAGAGGCGAUCACUCACAGCUCUUCUGUUUCCCUACCACCACUCCCUGGAGGAGCUCUGUUGCUUAUGGUGACUUUGCAUUUCCUUUACUGCUCUGCUCGUCCUUGAGAUCUAGAAUGGAAGAAGCUGAGCUGGUGAAGGAAAGACUCCAGGCCAUAACAGACAAGAGGAAAUUGCAAGAAGAAAUCUCACAGAAGCGCCUGAAAGUAGAAGAAGAAAAGCUAAAGCACCAGCAUUUGAAGAAAAAGGCUCUCCGGGAAAGGUGGCUUCUGGAUGGAGUGGGAAAUGGAAGGGAACAAGAGGAAAUGCAAAAGCAGAAUCAAAAAGACCAAAAACAAACUGAAGAACUGGAGCAAAGAAUUUUCAGACUUGAGAAAGAGAUCGAAGAACUUGAGAAAGAAGAAGUGCAAAUCUCAGCUAAUGAAGAGGCCAUUUUAAAGAAACUCAGAUCAGUUGAGAGGACAGCAGAAGACAUCAUAAGGUCUGUGAAGGUGGAAAAGACAGAAACCCCAGAAGAAUCAAUUGAAGAAAUAUAUGCCAACAUCCCGGACCUUCCAGAAUCUUAUGUUCCUUCCAGAUUAAGGAUGGAAAGAAAUAAAGAACCAGGGGAGAAUGAACCAAAUAGAAAAGCUCUCUAUGCCAUGGAAAUUAAAGUUGAGAAAGACAUGAAAACCGGAGAAAGCACUGUUCUGUCUUCGAUACCUCUCCCAUCUGAUGAUUUUAAGGGCAGAGGAGUGAAAGUUUAUGACGAUGGCCAGAAGUCGGUGUACGCAGUGGACUCGAAUGGCAACAAUGCUCACAGUAAAGGCACAGGUGACCUAGCUUCAGUUGAGGUGGAGGAACUUUUGAGACAAGCUUCUGAGCAAAACUCUAAAUCCCCCACCAAAUAUCACGAGCCUGUGUAUGCCAGCCAAUUCUACCGGCCAACCACACCCCAGAAAGACGGCUCCCCCGUUCCAGAUCUUCAAGGAACAACUAAAGUGAAGAUGAAUGGGCUAAGCGGUAACCCCAGUGAAUCCUUGGGCAAGCUGGGUGCUGAGCUACACAGAGAAAAGAGCCACAACUUCAAUAGCCUCAGCUGCACCCUACCAAAGCCCUACUACCAUUCAACUCCUCAGCCAGCAGUGGAAACGCUUCCCACUCAGCCAGAAAGGAUGAUGACAACACCCACUGAAGAAACCAACCAUACCCAAGGAAAAUGUGCUCCCUUUCCAAACCCAAGAGAGAGCCCCCAAGAAGUGGGAAUUAGGAAUUCAAACCACCAGAGUUCUUCUCCAGCUUUUCAGGAGGAUGAAGACGUGAAAUAUAACGUUGUUCAAGCCCUGCCUCGUGAGGCUGAUACCGAACCCGUGACGAUGAUUUUCAUGGGGUACCAGCAGGCGGAGGAUGAUGAUGAAGAAGGAAAGAAGCUCGUGACAGGGUAUGAUGGAAUUAUCCACGCCGAGCUGGUUGUGAUUGACGACGAAGAGGAAGGGGAAGAGGAUCCAGAAAAGCCAUCCUACCAUCCAGUAGGCCACCACAGCCGGGUUUACCAGCCAGCCAAGCCCUCUCCGCUCCCCAGGAAAAGAUCAGAAGUCAGUUUGAGUGGGAGCGUUAACCACACAUCCCCCCAUAAAAAUUCCAUGUCCCUGAAAGAACAAGAGGAAAGCUUAAGUUACCCUGUUCGCCCCGCUCACCUGGACAGCCAGAUCACUGGAGAUGGGACAGAAGAUCCUUCGUUAACAGCACUGAGGAUAAGGAUGGCCAAGCUGGGGAAAAAGGUGAUCUGAUAGGUGGAACGAUACAGAACUACAGGUUGGGAUCCCUCGUAUGAAGGAGAAGAAAUGAAGAUACCCUUCUGUUUUCCUCUUUCUGGACAUUUAUGCUUUUUUCUGACAAUCACACAAAUAUAUGGCCUAUACAUAUGGAAAAUUACAUGUAUGAACACAAUAUAUGCAUACACUGAUAUGUAUACACAGCAGCCAUUAUUUGUGAAAAUACUGAUAAGUAAACGAAUCUUGGGGAACAAAUGAUUUGACUUUCCCUGAUCAUUGGCAAACUUCAGUAAAUUAAAAAGCGGCAUAUUUUUUAGGUCAUGCCGAAGCAUUUCUAAUAGGAGCUUAUUAAAAAUGAGAAUAAAGUUAUUUAAAAUAGA